AUGUGUUAUACAUUCCUCUCGGGCAGUUAUUGCGAAGCAUCCAAGUGUACCUUUGCCCACACAGAGGAAGAGCUACGAGGAUCUGGGAAGGCCCUAAGACUAUGCACCAAGUACUUUCUGGAUGGGUACUGCGCCAAGGCGGACAAGUGCCCGAUGGCCCACAACAUAAACCAGCUGGACCCCUCCGUGAAGUUUUCCAGCAGCGAGUUGAUGAACCGAAUGUACAACGAGGAGGUGGAGGAGGCGGAGGCGGAGGAGGAAGAGGAAGAGGGAGAGGGAGGAGGAGACGAGCCCAGUUUUUACACACGAAAAACGAAUAAGAAGAGGGACGAAAGUGAAAGCAACGAUGGGGACAAUGGCAAUGCCGACAUCAACGGGGGGGACCCCCUCAGCGUGAACAGCAAUUUGUACAUCGUGAAGGACGAGGAGGAAACCCCCCCUGAGGGGAAUAAAAACCGCUACGCUGGGAUGGGCCAUUUGGAAGGAGGUGAAAAGGACGCGCGCGGCUCCCACAGAAACGCUUUUAACUUUUUAAAAGGCCACGGGAAGAAGACGUACAGUGAGUGUCUGCUCGAGGGGAGGGGCGGCGCCUGA